AAAAAGUCAGCAACUGAGAAAACAAACUUGAGAUCUUAGAGAAGAUGACAGAGGAAGUGAUAUCAAAUGGUCUCACUCAGAAUUCAAGUGGUGGAUCUAAUCCAACCCCCAUGAAAAAGAAGAGAAACCUUCCAGGAAAUCCAGAUCCUGAAGCUGAAGUAAUUGCCUUGUCGCCAAAGACCCUAAUGGCCACCAACAGAUUCUUAUGUGAAAUCUGUGGAAAGGGUUUUCAGAGAGAUCAAAACUUGCAACUUCAUAGAAGAGGGCAUAAUCUUCCAUGGAAGCUGAAGCAAAGGACUAGCAAAGAGGUGCGAAAACGAGUUUAUGUGUGCCCGGAAAAGACCUGUGUCCACAACCACCCUUCGAGGGCUCUCGGAGACCUCACCGGAAUAAAGAAGCACUUCUGUCGAAAACAUGGGGAGAAGAAGUGGAAGUGUGAGAAGUGCUCCAAGAGAUAUGCGGUUCAGUCGGACUGGAAAGCUCACUCCAAGACUUGUGGCACUAGGGAGUACAAAUGUGACUGUGGGACUAUAUUUUCAAGGCGAGAUAGCUUCAUCACUCAUAGGGCCUUUUGUGAUGCCUUAGCUGAAGAAACAGCUAGGGUUAAAGCAGCAUCUAACAUCAACAAUGCAGCAGCUGGAAACAUCAAUUAUCAUUUUAUGGGAGCUCCAGUAGGGAUCCCAAGUCAUGACUUAAUAAGCAAUAAUCUCCCAGAGAUCCAUCAAAUUGGUCCAGUGAGUUCCAGUGCAAUCUACGGUGAUCCACUCGUUUCGAGUUCGAAUCCUCCACCAUCCAAUUAUCCAUCAAACUGGGACUUUGGGAAUAAGCUUUCUUCCAAUAAUGUGGAAGAAAUAACAAGCACAACACACCCUUUAACCAAUGUUAAAGAUGUUGGAAACCAGGUUUUGAGUGUUCCUUCCUUGUUCAGCACCCAACACUAUUCUCAUCAAACUCCUUCUUCAAACAUGUCUGCAACAGCUUUACUUCAGAAAGCUGCAGAAAUGGGGGCAACCACAACUGACCCAUCAUUCCUAGGAAGCUUUGGUUUGAAGAACAUUAACAAUCAGAUUCAAGAUGGUAACAAAUACUGUGGAUUGUAUGGUGCGAACUCCAUAGCCAGUGGUCUUGGAAGUGAUGUAGAAAGCUCAGUACAUGAUCUUUCUGCUCUGAACCAGUUUCAGAUGUACCCUUCUAAGCGCAGGCACAUUCAGAAUGAAGACGGUACGGGAGGAGGACAAACUAGGGAUUUCCUUGGUGUUGGCAUACAAUCCAUCUGCCACCCAUCAUCAAUCAAUGGAUGGAUUUGA